CGCUGUCCCCGCCAGGCUCGGCGCGGCGCUGCGCGGGGCCGCCCCCGCCCGCGGCAUGGCCGGCUCGCUGGGCAGGGGCGCGCCGUGCUGGCGGAUGCGGAGCGCGGCGGGCGGCAGGAAGGAGAAGCCGCCGGGCGGCAAGCCCCAGCCGCGGCACGUUUUUCACCCUGCAGAAAAUAUGAAGAAGCCCUGGAGCCCUGAUUUACCAGUUGACAACCACUCAUACAGUUCAGAUUUCACAUCCGUCCUGGACAGGGAAGGUGAGAAAGAAUUAGGACCUGAUGGCACUGAAGAAAAGAAGGAGAGAGAAAAGAAACACACCAAUUUCACUUUGUGUAAUGUUUGUAACAUUCAACUGAACUCUGCUGCUCAGGCACAAAUCCACUACAAUGGCAAAUCCCAUCAGAAGCGGUUAAAACAGCUCAGCAAUGGAAAUCUCAAAACUGAUAAUGGUGGUACAUGCCAGAGCCCUGCUCUUCCAGCCCUAGUGCGUCCUCCUGCUCCACCUUUGCAGCCAUCGUUGGAUAUUAAACCAUUUCUUCCGUUUCCUCUGGACACUGCCGCAGCCGUCAAUCUCUUCCCCAACUUCAAUGCAAUGGAUCCAAUUCAAAAAGCUGUAAUAAAUCAUACAUUUGGGGUUCCUCUUCCUCAUCGAAGAAAGCAAAUCAUAUCAUGCAACAUUUGCCAGCUGAGAUUUAAUUCUGAUAGCCAGGCUGCGGCCCACUACAAAGGCACUAAACAUGCCAAGAAGCUCAAAGCACUGGAAGCCAUGAAAAAUAAGCAGAAAUCUGUUACUACCAAGGACAGCGCAAAGACUACCUUCACUUCCAUCACUACCAAUACCAUCAAUACCAGCUCUGACAAAACAGACGUUACCACAGGGACACCAGCAAUAUCAACGACGACAACCGUGGAGAUCAGGAAGAGCAGCGUUAUGACAACUGAGAUCACCUCUAAAGUGGAGAAAAUCCCCACGACAGCCACUAGCAGCACCACAUGCCCUUCCGUUGAGACUGAGGAAGAAAAAGCAAAAAGACUGCUGUACUGUUCACUAUGCAAAGUUGCUGUCAACUCUGCCUCGCAGCUGGAGGCGCACAACAGUGGGACUAAGCACAAAACUAUGCUGGAAGCUCGGAAUGGAAGUGGAACCAUAAAAGCCUUUCCCCGGGCAGGCGUAAAAGGCAAAGGACCUGUGAAUAAAGGAAACACAGGCCUUCAGAACAAAACAUUUCACUGUGAAAUAUGUGAUGUGCACGUAAACUCUGAGACACAACUGAAACAGCACAUAAGCAGUAGAAGGCACAAAGACAGAGCUGCUGGGAAGCCGCCUAAACCUAAAUACAGCCCUUACAACAAACUCCAAAAGGGAACACAUCCUCUAGGGGUAAAAUUAGUAUUUUCAAAGGAACCUUCAAAGCCGAUGGCUCCACGAAUCUUACCAAAUCCUCUAGCAGCUGCAGCAGCAGCUGCUGCUGUGGCUGUGAAUUCCCCCUUCAGUCUUCGCACAGCCCCGGCAGCCACCCUUUUCCAGACGUCAGCACUUCCUCCAGCACUCCUACGGCCAGCUCCGGGGCCUAUACGGACCACCCAUACUCCUGUGCUGUUCGCUCCUUACUGAACUCCAAACAGGAAUUAAUUGUACUGCAAUAAUUUUUCAAAUCAAAACAAACAAACAAACAAAAAAAGAAAAUCAAGAACAUUGAACUAUGCAGUGUUUAUUUAUAGUUUAAAGUAUAUAUAUGAAGAGCCAGGACUUUUGAUAGAGAACUGAACAAAUUCUGAGGGGGAAUGGGCAGUAUUUUCUCCGAUGAGAACAUUCCUCUUGAGUAUUGAUCGUUUUAGAACUGAUCUCCAGCAUUGACUUGUAGUGACAUAUAAAACUUACGAAGCCUUUUGACUGUGCUUUUUGGCACACAUUUCCCUGCAAUGUCUUUCCUGCUUUAUGAAACAACUUACAAAUUUGUCUAAAGGGCAUUAACUGGUUCCGAUGUACAUAAAAUACUUUAUUCUGUAGAUUAAAGAAGAAGGAAAAAAAAGAAACACUGUGAAUAGUAGUACCCUUACCAAUCCUCCUGCCAAAUCAGCAGUUACUGGGUAUUUAUCUGAACAAAAGUAGAUACAAUAGAUGUCUUGUAAAACAGUAGUAUUGUGUCUCUAUCUAUGCCACUAGGUUUCUAACAGAGUUGCAAAAGAUAAAAUAAACAAAUUAUGUCAC